AUAACGGCGGAAACUUUUUCCGCGGCCCUAGGCUAGAUGGGCGUCCCCGGCGUCCAAGAGCCGCGAUAGCGCGAGAGCAGAAAACCGGAGGUCAUGUCCGGGAUUUCGACCUCCUCCCCUCCUCUCUUUCGUUCUCUCGCUCCCAAAAUCUCCACCUCCUUCCCUUCCCCACCUUCUCCUCCUCUUCCAUCUCUUCCUUUAUCGCUACCCAAAACCCACUCUCGUAGAAUCGUGGCGAUGGCCAUGUCGGGGACUAGAAUCCCGACCGCGUCGCUCGAAUACAUGGUCGUGAAGCCGCCAUCACACCCCACGUACGAUCUGAAAUCCGUCAUCGGCCUCGCUCUCUCCGAAGACGCCGGUGAUCGAGGGGAUGUAACUUGUUUAGCCACUGUUCCGGUGGACAUGAAAGCAGAAGCCCACUUCAUUGCAAAGGAGGAUGGGAUCAUUGCAGGAAUUUCUCUUGCAGAGAUGAUUUUUAAUGAGGUUGAUCUGUCAUUAAAGGUUGAAUGGUCUCAGAAAGAUGGAAACUAUGUUCACAAAGGCAUGCAGUUUGGCAAAGUAUAUGGUUAUGCACGCAGCAUUAUUGUGGCAGAAAGGGUUGCCCUCAAUUUUAUGCAAAGAAUGAGUGGAAUAGCAACACUAACGAAGGCUAUGGCAGAUGCUGCACAUCCUGCAUGCAUCUUGGAGACGAGGAAAACUGCUCCAGGCCUACGUUUGGUGGAUAAGUGGGCGGUACUUAUUGGUGGAGGAAAAAACCACAGGAUGGGUCUAUUUGAUAUGGUAAUGAUAAAAGAUAACCAUAUAUCAAUAGCUGGAGGUGUGACAAAUGCUAUGAAAUCAGUAGAUCAGUUCUUGGAGGAAAAGAAUCUUCAAAUGCCUGUCGAGGUUGAGACAAGGACAUUAGAAGAAGUAAAGGAAGUAUUGCAAUAUGCAGCUCAAAAUAAGACUUCUUUGACCCGGAUAAUGUUGGACAAUAUGGUUGUUCCUCUUCCAAAUGGGGAUGUGGAUGUUACAAUGCUUAAGGAUGCAGUUACACUGAUAAAUGGUAGAUUUGAAACUGAGGCAUCUGGAAAUGUCACCCUUGAAACGGUGAAUAAAAUUGGACAAACUGGAGUAACAUACAUUUCCAGGUGGAUCUUUUUUUGGCUAGACCCUUCUCACUCAUGAUGAAAGCAGAAUAGUUUUGCACUAAAAGAUCUGGAGUCGGAGCAUUGACACACUCUGUGAAAGCGCUUGAUAUCUCCCUCAAAAUAGACACAGAGCUUGCCCUCCAGGUUGGAAGGCGUACAAACCGAGCCUAAUAACAUCGAAAGUUAGUUGUUAAACCCUCCUACUCGGUCUGCAUCUUUUCUGCUAUCAAGUUCUUUCCUGACUGGAGAUUCAUAUAUCAUCUCUAUUUUUUUCUGAGUUUCCGACCAAUUAUCAAGUGACGUAAAUUUUGUUACAGAUUGUAGUCAGCUGCUCCUUUUUAAUCAAACCACUUCAAUAUCUAUAGACUGUUGUCGGGCAUAUAUCAUAAAUUUGAGAUCCCAGGACAACCUAGGGCUGUACCUUUUCAGCAGUGCAUUGAAGAAGGAAGCUAAAUUAAAAGGAAAGAAGUUCUGCUCUGACUGGAAUCAACGAAUAAAGUUGCUCGAAGAUGAACUAUCCUGAUAAGGCCUUGAGUAGUAUGGUUUUUUUCAUGUCAUCUGACAUUUGGCACAUUAUAACUGGAUGACUCCAUAAAUUACAUCUUCUUUUUGCUUAGCAAAAUUUCAUAUUUCCAAAAUUUAAUAUAAUCAGGGAAUGUUUUCUACUUUUUUCAAAC